UGUCCCUCCCCUCCCCACCCCUGGGCGUGUUUCAUUAGCUCUCUCUCUGUAUUGGCAUCCAAGUGUUGGGAAAUUUUCGCAUUGUCUCAGUCCGGGUGAACAUCACGGCUGUGUGAACGUACAGUCCCGAGAUGCAAUGCCGGGAGGACAGUAAUCAGCGCCAACACAGUUUCCAUCACUUCGGAGUUCCUCCUUGCAGUGCGUUCGCCGGAGACGGGAGAGCUCCUUCUCGCCAUGGGACUGGCCCGGGCAGGGCGCGUCCCAGAACCCGGGUCACUGCUCUGGAACCUCAAGACCCUUAUGUUUGUCCUCCUGGUCGUCGGUGUCCCAUCGGUCCUAGCUGACUCUGCCACCACCAAGCAGUACAGGGUUCCCCAGCUGACACCUGCCCCCCAGCGAUGGAGGCACAGCCCCGAGGACGGUUUGUGUCCACCAGGAACCCAUAUGUCGGAAGAUGGUAGAGAUUGUCCCUCCUGCAUUUAUGGAGUAGACUACACCACUCAUCGGAAUGCCCUCCCUUCCUGCCUACUUUGUUCCAUUUGUAAUUCAGAUGAAGAGGAGAGCAGUCCCUGCACCAUGACCGCAAACAGAGAGUGUCAGUGCAAAGCAGGCACCUUCCGGGGAGAAGAUUCCCCUGAGUUCUGCCAGAAGUGCCGCACUCGGUGCCCUGAUGGCAUGGUCGAGAAUAGAACUUGUACACCCUGGAGUGACCUUGUGUGUGUCCCCAAAGGAUCAGACAGUGGGCUCCAGCUAGGAAGGAAUGCAGCUAUUGGUGUUGGAUGUUUGCUGUUAUGUCUGGUGCCGAUAUGUCGUUCUUGCUGGAGGAAGCUGCAAGGCCUUCAAGAUCAAGACUCUCAGCAGAAAAUGGAAAUCGAGGAGCCAGAAGUGCUGGCAGGUGUCACUGUAACAUCUCCAGGGCAGUCAGAGCGUCUGCUGAACUUUCAGAACGAUGCUUGCCCUGAAAGUGACAUGCUGCAGGUGGCACAGCCAGCUGGCUGUCAGGCCGCGCUGGAUCCCAGGAUUCCUGACUCCGACCCAGGGUGUCCCCACAGCCUGUUCCCGGGACAGGCAGGAGCUGAAGGUUCUCACAGGCAGAGGCUGCUGGUUCCAGCAGACAGCGCCGACCCCACUGACGCUCCCUCGUCCCCCAUUUCCGUCCGUGCUGGUCCCGGCGGGGACAGGACCCAGAAACCAACCACGCGCCCAGCGGCGCAGCCCCGUCAGCGCCUGUGCUUCCCCUCCCCGCGGGUGGCCGGGGUGCUCCCAGACCGCGUUUCUCCGUUUUCGGUUUUGGACUUCUACGUGCGGCGGAUUGUGCACCCUGGCUCCGCCCCUUUGUGA